GCUUUUCCGUCAAAAUUUCGCUGCCGUCAGCGUUGCUGGAGGUUGAAAAAGUUGAGGUUUUCUGGUGAGGGUCGCGAGAAGAUUAUGCACCGGAUGGUGUGAAAAGUUGGAAGGUUUUUUGGAUGAAAGAUCGAUGGAGUCGUAAUCGAGAACAGGAAAAGUGCAGUGCCACGAGUUUGGGGCGAGCUUCCGGCAGGCUGAAGGGUACGGCUUCCUGGUUGGUUGAGAAGUGGUGGAACCUGGAGUGGACAGAAGGAAUCGGCUUCCGGUGCCGUCGGUGGGACGCCUGGAGGUGGUCUCGGCUGGUUGACGGCCCUGCAUCAGCGGAGGUAGUCCUCAGUGAUAACGUAGAAGGACGGAGAGCCGGAGAGUCGACGGAGAGAGUCGUUCGGAGACGGCACAAAUACAUAGACAUCACGGCGCUGCCAGUGCAGGCAGGGCAGGGUUUAGACGGCGAACCUAACCUCGAAAAGUCUUUGCUGCUGUUCGCAAAUGGCUUGCGAAUGUUUGUUUUUCACAAGAUUGCGUUGAAAUUGUUGUUGGAUUAAAAUAUUUGUUGCUGCGAGAAGUUUGUUUUGAUGUCGCGUGUGCGUGUAUUACGCCGGGAUUACUAGGAACUGGCCGGAGCUGGUUGCCGAGGCCGUCCCAGAACUCGAAACCCUCGCUAAAGUGUUCCGAUUCUGACAAUGACCCCAACCUACUGAAGGAUGUCCCUUCGACCCCGCAAAUGGCUGUGAUAGGAAUCUGAGAGAGAGAAAGGACACGCUAGAACAUACGCAUAAUUCAUCAAAACACAACGCUUCGAGUCAAACCUUAGUUUAUAAGUGAGUCGCCGCUUCCGGGAACUUCGAAGAACACCGGAAAGUCCGUGGGUCCGAGCCCCCAAAGAAUGCAAACGUCGCGAACACCCGGAAUGAAGGUGUCCAGUUGCAGCAAGCCAUUUCAGUGUACCGAGUGUGAGAAACAGUUCCGGCAGCUAAGCACGCUAACCAACCACAUGAAGAUCCACACAGGAGAUAAACCCUACAAAUGCACAAUCUGCGCGAAGGAGUUCCGGCAGACGACGACGCUGUCCAACCAUGUGAAGAUUCACACGGGGGAGAAACCGUUUCACUGCACAUAUUGUGGCAAACAAUUCCGGCAGUUGAGCACCCUGUCGAAUCAUCUCAAAAUUCACACUGGUGAAAAGCCCUACGAAUGCUCAGUCUGUGGCAAGCAGUUCCGGCAGUCUAGCACGCUGAACAGCCACAUCCGGAUCCACUCGGACGACAAGUAUUCUGUGAAACCCUUCAAGUGCAGCAUGUGCCCCAAGGAGUUCCGCCAAACUACGACCCUGUCAAACCACCUGAAAAUUCACACAGGUGAAAAGCCCUACGUUUGUACAUAUUGCAAUAAAAGUUUUCGGCAGACAGGGACGCUCUCAAACCAUCUUAAAAUUCAUACUGGAGAAAAACCUUACGAAUGUUCCGUUUGUCGGAAGCAAUUCCGGCAGUCGAGCACGCUGAACUCGCACAUCCGGAUCCACGCGGAUGACAAGCUAAGUAAACCCUCCCCUCCGGAGCUGCCUACUACGAUGACCACUAUCACGAUGAAGCUGGAAGAUAUUAAACCGCUCUACACGAUCAUUUAAGUUCGCGCACGUACUUAGUACAGCAGAGAUCAACCGUGCCGUAAGUUCCAGCAUCUCUCAGUCAAUCAACCAACCUUAAAAAAAAUGCUCCUACCAAGAGAAGCGCCAAGCGCUCAAGUCAGAAAGGAAGUUAAAAAAAAUCCAAUUAUACAUUCAACUCCUUGCGA